GGGACAAGAAGACGUUCAAAUUAGAUGGUUGAGAUCAGGAAAUAUUUUCAACUAACUCAGUAUUUAACUGAGAUGGGUAUUAACUGGUUACAUGGAGAAGCAGCAUUCAGCUUCUAUGCACCACAUAUCUGGAACAAACUUCCAGAAAAUUACAAAACAGCUGAAACACUGAAUCCUUUAAAUCAAGACUAAAAACCCAUCUGUCUAGAGCUGCUUUUAAAACAUUAUAAAAGAAACAUUGACCAACAUUUUGAGAACCGGUUCUUCUACACCAACAAUGUCUGCACUAACAUGGUUGCUUUUUCCUCAUUACAGGACAAACUGACUCUUUCUAAUUUCAUUCAUUUGCUUAAUCUUCUUCCAGCCUCUCCCUCAGGCUGACUUUCCUGUUCAAACAUGCCUUGAAGCUGGGAAGAACCAGCGGCUGAAGGUGAAACCUGAUUGGCUGAAGCCUAUCUGCACUUAGAUGUGAAUCACAGAUCAGAGCUCAAACCGGUUGCUGUUUUCAGUAAACUCACACAGCUACUGUGACUGAGAGCCAGAAUGGAGCACAAUCAUCUGGAUCACCAAACUUUAUGCUGUUCGAUCUGUCUGGAUCUACUGAAGGAUCCGGUGGCUAUUGCCUGUGGACACAACUACUGUAUGAACUGUAUCAAAACCCACUGGGAUGAAGAGGAUGAGAAAGGAAUCCACAGUUGUCCACAGUGCAGGGAGACAUUCACACCGAGGCCUGCGCUAAAGAAGAACACCAUGCUAGCAGCUUUAGUGGAGCAGAUGAAGAAGACUGGACUCAAAGCUGCUCCUGCUGAUCACCGCUACGCUGGACAUGAAGAUGUGGCCUGUGAUUUCUGCACUGAGAGAAAACUGAAAGCCAUCAAGUCCUGUUUAGUCUGUCUGGCCUCUUACUGUGAGAAACAUAUUCAGCCUCAUUAUGAUGUGGCUCCUUUAAAGAAACACAAGCUGGUGGAGCCGUCCAAGAAUCUCCAGGAGAACAUCUGCUCUAAGCAUGAUAAGCUGUUGGAGAUCUUCUGUCGCACUGAUCAGAAGUGUAUCUGUUAUCUCUGCUCUGUGGAUGAACAUAAAGGCCAUGACACAGUGUCAGCUGCAGCAGAAAUAGCUGAGAGGCAGAGAGAGCUGGAGGAGAGACGAGGAAACAUCCAGCAGAGAAUCCAGGACAGGGAGGAAGAUGUGAAGCUGCUUCAACAGGAGGUGGAGGCCAUCAAUCGCUCUGCUGAUAAAGCAGUGGAGGACACUGAAACCAUCAUCACCAAGCUGAUCCGUCUCCUCCGGAAAAGAAGAUCUGAUGUGAAGCAGCAGAUCAGAUCCCAGCAGGAAACUGAAGUGAGUCGAGUCAAAGAUGUUCAGGAGAAGCUGGAGCAGGAGAUCACUGAGCUGAAGAGGAAAGAUGUUGAGCUGGAGCAGCUCUCACACACAGAGGAUCACAACCAGUUUCUCCUCAACUACCCCUCACUGCCAGCACUCAGUGAGUCUACACACUCAUCCAGCAUCAACAUCCGUCCUCUGAGACACUUUGAGGACGUGACAGCAGCUGUGUCAGAGCUCAGAGAUAAACUACAGAAAAUCCUGAGAGACUCAUGGACAAACAUCUCACUGAUGGUCACUAAGGUGGAUGUUCUACUGUCAGAACCAGAACCAAAGAGCAGAGCUGGAUUCUUAAAAUAUUCAUGUGAAAUCACAUUGGAUCCAAACACAGCACAAACGCGGCUGAAAUUAUCAGAGGGGAACAGGAAGGUGAGACUGAUGGGUCAAUCUCAGUCUUAUCCUAGACAUCCAGACAGAUUCACUCAUUGGCAUCAGGUUCUGAGUAGAGAGAGUCUGACUGGACGUUGUUACUGGGAGGUGGAGUACAGCGGAUUAGUAAAUGUAGCAGUUACAUAUAAGAAUAUCUGCAGAGAAGGAAGAGGGAAUGAAUGUUUCUUUGGAAAUAAUGACAAAUCUUGGGCUUUAAAUUGUAAUGGUUCUAGUUUUGGUCACAACACCAUCUGGACCUUCAUCUCAGGUCCAGUUUCCUCCAGAGUGGGAGUGUACCUGGAUCACAGAGCAGGUAUUCUGUCCUUCUACAGCGUCUCUGAAACCAUGACUCUCCUCCACAGAGUCCAGACCACAUUCACUGAACCGCUGCUGGCUGGACUUAAUGUUUAUAACGGUGGAGGUUCUGCAGAGUUCUGUAAACCCAACUAGAGUCUCUCUCAUCUCUCUGAUUCUUGAUUAGGGUUCAUUCUGCUGUUAUGUUCUUUAUUUUUCUGGUUUAAAUGUAGAUUUCUGUGUUCCAGGAGCCAUAAAAGAAAACAUCAGCAGCGUUUUCUUUUAUUCUUACAUGACACAGAAAUAUUUCUCCACAUGAACAUCUAAACUUCUCUGGGCUCCAAUCAGUUUGGUUUAAUAUUUCUAUUGAUGUAUUUCAAUGUUGUUGUUCUCGCUUAAAUCAGUUGAAAUUUAAGUGAACUUACUUCUGUUUUUUUAUUGUGAUUCAGUGAAGAAAGUGAAACUACCAUCGACUCAGAACUGAUGCUAGUUUUCUUCUACAUCUUUAUAUGUAGAUAAGACAAAUAAAUGUUUUGUUUUCUUCAAUAAAACAACUUAAUUACAAAGAA